UGUUAAACAUCAAAAUAACUUGAAAUUAAUAAGUCUAUAUUUCAAAAUUUUAGUAAGCAAAUAGCAUAACAUUGUAGCUCGCCAAAUUGUAUUAAUCAAACAAUUAAAUCAAUAUCGAAUUUAUAAAAUAGUCAUGGCGUCGAAUGUUAGAGACUUUUUAUUUGAACCAUUUAAAGUUAUUGAAGUUAAAUUCGAAGGACGUAAAUGGCCUAGACCUAGAAGUGGACAUAGAAUUAUUUGUGACGAUGGAAAUGUGUACUGUUUCGGAGGUUACAACCCUUCCUUGUUAUUGAAAGAAAUACAGCUUAACAGUUCCACAUGGUCACCCACAAAACCACUAUUUAGGGAAUUGUGGAGUUUUAAUGUAGCCACACGAUUAUGGAAGGAACAUGAUAUAACUGAAAAUAUGCCUGAAGAAUUAGCUUCGAAUGCUAUGUGCAUCAAUGGCAGAUAUAUUAUGAUACAUGGUGGUACUGGUUUUCACUUUGGUAACAAAUGCAGUAAUGAUGUUAUAGUAUGGAAUACUAAAUGUUGUAAUAAUACCCUAGAAGUUCUGGAAGUAACAGGUGCUAGGCCACCUGGGCAAUAUGGGCAGUCUAUCUUGUGCCACAAUAGCUAUUUUUAUACUGUAGGAGGAACAAAUGGUCAUGAAUACAAUUGUGAUAUUCACAGAUUAGAUUUACUUACUAUGACAUGGGAACCUGCAUUUUUAGGCACAGGACAAGAUUAUGAACCACAAGGAAGGUAUAGACAUGAAAUGGCCAAAGCUGAUAACAAACUUUAUAUCAUUGGCGGAGGCACCAAUGAAAUGGCCUUUGAACUCAUGGAAAUCCCUAUGUUUGACUUAGAUAACAAUACUUGGUCAUGCUUAUUUCCAAAACCUGAUGAUAGUUUAGAGAAAACCAUUGCACCAUUGCCAAGAAAGUGUCAUAGUGCAGUUCAAAUUGAUACGGAGAGUGGUGUUCAAGUUUUUGUUGUUGGGGGGAGUGACAGUGAAUCAGUGUUUAAUGAUGUUUGGCGGUUAGAUUUACCUGAACUCCAGUGGCAUUUAAUGCAAAAAAGUGUUCUUCCUAAUCCAUUAUACUUCCAUUCAUCUGCAGUCACUUCAUAUGGAUGUAUGUAUAUAUUUGGUGGCAUAGAAUCACUACAGAAUGUAACAUGUAGAAAGAAUAAGUUAUAUAAAAUGUGGUUGUGUAUUCCAAAAUUAAGUGAAAUGUGUUGGGAAGCACUCCAUAGUUGUUAUCCAAAAGUUGCAACACUCAAAAAACAGGAACUACUUGACAUAGGUAUUCCUCAACACAUUGUCGAGAGAGUGCAUACUGGUUAAGAUAUCAAUGUCUUAGGGUUCAUUUAUGGAAUAAACCUAAAAAUUAUAUCUUUUUUGCUUGUAAAGAUAGAUGGAAAAAGAAGAAAGUAUUCUAGAAUGUCAAUUCUAUUUAAUUCUAGAAACUCAGAAACUGUCUAAUAAUAUUUUCUGUAUGAAUUUUGACAUAUUUGUCAGCACACAUGAUGAGAUCGUGACUUGAAAUAUAAAUUAGAAUAUGGAUCUUAGAAUUUGAGAAUAAAGCUUCAGACAUCAAAAUAAUUAGUAAAUGUGAAUUUUAUUAAUCAUCGAAAUAUAAAUUUAAUCAUACAUUUAGUAAAUGUAAAUUUAAUUAUUUGGUAUAGCUUAAAUUUACAUCUUGAAAUUAAUUCAUGGUUAUACACCCCAUAAAAAUUGGGUAAAAAUUAACAGCAUUUAUUCUUUUACUCAAAGCAGACCUAGGUUGAUAAAAAAAUUAUUGUUACAUCUUAACAAAAUUAAAAAAAAAAACAAUUGGCCCUUUGAGGCCUGAUUGUCUUUUUUUUAUUUAUUUAUUUUCUCCACAUUGUCUUGGUCGUACCAGCAUUUUGAAUAGAGAAACAUAACAUAAACAAACAAAGAACAUAUUCAAUAGAGAAAAAUGUGAAUAAUAUAAUCGCAGAAAUGUAAAUAAUAAUAUAUUAGUAUGUACAUACCUUAAUCAAUACCAAGGGUAUAUUAUUUUAGACUUAUGUAUAUUUAACACAUAUUUUAAAUUAAAAAAAAGUACAAUGUCCGGCUAUAUUUUUGUUUGAUAAUAAUUUAUGGUAGAGAUAU